AUGGAAGCCAAACACCGCAAGAUGAAAGCCAACUUCGUAGUGCUGCAGAAUCAACCUUUUGCUGCGAAGCAUGAAUCAAUUGGUACCGUUACUUUUACCAUCACCAUUAUUGUUAUCGUUAUUGUUUCCAUUAUUGUUACUGUCAUCGAUACCAUUACCAUUUUCGUUUCCAUUACUGUUACUGUCAUAGUAAUCGUAACUGUUACCAUCACUAGUCUUGUGACCAUUAGUGUCAGCGUGAUUGUGACCGUUAUUGCCAUCGUCAUCGUGACUGUUACCAUAAUCAUUAGUGUCAUCGUCACUGUUACAGUCACCAUAAUCGUUAUCGUCAUUGUCACCGUUACUAUUACCGUCACCAUCACUUUUACAAUCACCGUCACCAUUAUCGUCAUUGUCACCUUUACCAUCAUCGUUUUCGUAAUCAUUUUCAUCACCGUUACCGUCAUCGUUACUGUUACCAUUACCAUUACUAUUGCCGUCACAGUUACAGUGAUUGUUACUGUUAUUGUUACUGUCACCGUCACUCUUAUAAUUACUGUUACUUUUACCAUUAUCAUCACCAUGACCGUUACCAUAAUCGUUGUCAUAACCGUUACCGUCACCGUCACCAUUACCAUCACCGUAAACCUUAAUGUUACCGCCACUGUCACCGUCAUUGUCAUCGUUACUGUUACCGUCAUCAUCAUCGUUACAGUUAGUGUUACCAUGAUUGUGACAGUGGCUGUUACUUCCAUCGUUAGUGUCACUGUUACAUUUACCGUUACAAUUACUAUUACCAUCAAUUUUACCUUGAUCGUUACCGUUACCGUUACUAUUACCAUCACCGUUACCGUUACCAUUACCGAUCCUGUUACCAUGAUAAUUACCCUGACCGUUAUCAUUAUCAUUACUGUCACCGUCACUGUAACUGUUACCGUCACCGUUUCUGUCACCAUUACCAUCACCGUUACUGUCACUGUUAUCGUCACCGUUACCAUUACCAUUACCGUUAUUGUUAUCGUCACCUUUACCUUGAUCGUUACCGUGACAGUUAUCGUCACUGUUAUAGUCACCAUCACCGUCACCGUCACUGUUACCGUUACUGUUACCGUCACCAUAAUCGUUACUAUCACCAUCACCGUCACUGUUACCGUUACCGUCACCGUAAUCGUUACCAUCACCGUUACCGUCAUUGUUACCGUUACUAUCACCGUCACUGUCACCAUUCCUAUCACCAUUUUCAUCACCGAUACUAUCACCAUUACUGUCACUGUUUUUGUCACCUUUACUAUCAUCGUUAUAGUCACUGUUUUGUUACUAUUACAGUCAAUUUUACCUUGA